AUGGAAGAAGAAAACACUCAAUGUAGCCGUAAACUAAACGGAGGCGGCUUACUUCACCGCCAAUCAUUGCCGGACGAUCUCAUCAUUGAGAUCCUUUUAAGGCUUCCGGUGAGAUCUCUCCUGUUAUUGAAGUGCGUGUGCAAAUCAUGGAAAACCCUAAUAUCAGAUCUCCAAUUUGCAAAGCAACACCUUCAGAGCUUAACCAUGGAUCCAAGCAUAGCCAACCGACGAUUUUUCUUUGGCCGGGGAGACGGUAAAAUUGUAUCUGUCCCUGUAAAGCCAUUGUUGGAAAACCCAUCAGAGCCUAUUGAAGCGGUUGAGUUCAACAUGGAACAUAGCUUACGUGUUCUUGGUUCAUGCAACGGGUUGGUGUGUCUGUUGGAAAUCUAUGAAGGUUAUGUUAGAUUGUGGAACCCUUCAACCAAAUUCGAAUCCAAUAAAUCUCCAUCCCUUAAUUUAUUAUUUGAUCAAUGGACAAUAGCAUAUUACGGCUUCGGCUAUGACCAUGUUAAUGACAAGUACAAAUUGCUACUAGAUGUACGAGUUGUCAGUAAUAUUGGUUAUCAAAAUGUGAGACUUUAUACUUUUGGGGAAAAUUCUUGGACAAGUAUCCAGAAUUUUCCUUGUCAUCCCGCUAGAUUCACAGGAAAACUUGUGAAUGGAACUCUAAAUUGGGUAAUAGUUAGACGGGUUGGUGAUUAUAUACAAACUAGGAUUCUUUCCUUUGAUCUUGUGAAGGAGACUUAUACAGAAAUAUUACUGCCUCAAAAUCAAAAACAUGAUCCUUGCAUGAACCAGAGACCUAACAUUGGUGUUUUGAAUAACUGUCUUUGUGUGUCUUUUAACAUUGGGACUCAUUUGGUUCUGUGGUUGAUGAAAGAAUAUGGAGUUGCUGAAUCAUGGACUAGACUAAAGAUGAUCCCUGCAGAGCAUUUACAGAAACAUGGAGAACAAGGGUCAUAUCGUGUCAUUGAACCCUUGUUCAUUUUUGAAAAUAGUAUUGUUCUGCUGAGAACAAUCAGUGAAUUUUUCUUGUAUGACUUAAAUAAUGGUACGAUGCAUAUUCUUUUGAUUUCCAACCCGGUUAAUAUGAAUCAGUUUCUCUACCUUGAGAGUCUUGUAUCACUGCAACUGUAA